AAAAAGAGAAAAAAAAAAGCAGAGAGAGAAAAUGAAAGAAAGUGAGAGAAAGUGAAAGAAAAUUUAGACAAAAAACCAAACUGAACCCAGAAAAAACAGCAGACAAAACAGUGUGUGUGUGUGUGUGUUUUUUUUUCUGGUUCAGUGUAAGAAAGAAAGACAAGAGACAUAGAGAGAAUUUCUGGGUUUUUUUGUCUCCUUUUUUUUUGUUCUUCGUUUUCCAUCUAGAAAAAGAGAUAUAUUUAGCCAUUUGAUCGGAUUACAGUUAGGGUUUACUUGGGGGUUGUUGUUUGUACGUUAAAUGGAGCGGGACCCAGAAUCCGAUCCGCAACCGGAAUGGAAUACUCAGGGACCCGAAACGGGACUCGAAGAACCAGUUUGUCGAUUGGGAUUAGAAGGUGGGUCGGAAUCAUACCCGGAACGACCCGAUGAAGCUGAUUGUAUUUACUAUUUGAGGACUGGGUUUUGUGGCUAUGGUUCUAAGUGCCGAUUCAAUCAUCCUCGUGACCGUGCUGGGGUUAUGGGAGUUGGAAGAGGUGGUGUUGGAGAGUAUCCGGAGAGAGCGGGCCAGCCAGUUUGUCAGUAUUAUAUGAGGACGGGAGCAUGCAAAUUUGGUGCUUCUUGUAAGUACCAUCAUCCCAAGCAAGGAGGUGGUUCUGUUAGCUCUGUGCCACUAAAUUAUUACGGAUAUCCAUUACGUCCGGGUGAAAAGGAGUGUUCUUAUUAUGUGAAGACGGGACAGUGUAAAUUUGGUACAACAUGUAAAUUCCAUCAUCCUGCACCACCGGCUAUGCAAGUUCCGGCACCAUCUCCAGCUCCACAAGUUGCACCUGCACCUACACCAAUGCCCGCUCCAACCAUGUAUUCGACGGUGCAAUCACCAUCUGGCCCUUCCUCUCAACAAUACGGAGUUGUAAUGGCUAGGCCUCCCUUAAUGCCAGGCUCGUAUGUGCAAGGCCCUUAUGGUCCUUUGUUGCUUUCUCAAGGUGUUCCGAGUUGGAAUCCAUAUCCGGGACCUGUUGGUUAUGGUACUCAACCGACUGUUCCGUCAAGCUCAACUUUUGGGGCAACACCAUUGUCUCCUUCUGCAACUGCCUAUACCGGGUCUCAUCAAUUUGUACCAUCUAGUUUCGAGCCUUCGAGUAAUAUUCAGGAGGAGGUGUCGUUUCCGGAGAGACCUGGGCAACCGGAAUGCCAGUAUUAUAUGAAGACCGGUCGUUGUAAAUACGGAUCCUCCUGUAGAUAUCAUCAUCCGCCGGAAGUGUUUGCACCAAAAGCAGAUGUCGUCCUUAGCCCUCUUGGUCUUCCGCUUCGUCCGGGUGCGCCCCCUUGCACUCAUUAUACACAACGUGGAAUGUGCAAGUUUGGAGCCGCUUGCAGGUUUGAUCAUCCUAUGGGAACAUUAAGUUACAGUCCAUCUGCAUCUUCCCUCGCCGAUAUGCCUGUUGCACCCUAUCCUGUUGGAACUACAAUCGGUACUCUAGCUCCAUCAUCCUCAUCGUCGGAAUUACGACCCGAACUUCUUUCAGGGUCCAGCAAAGACCCUGCUCCAGCCAUGAUAUCAUCAUCAGUGAGCGCUUCAAGUGAGCCUGUCGGUUCCGUUUUCUCUGAAGGUGCACCUGUUCCUCAUUCAACCACACAACAAUCUAGUUGGAGUUCUGCUCCUUCUACUGGCGGUGGCAGUGAUGACGAUGAGCCACACAGUUCAAGCUAAGACAAAGAAGCAACCGCAUCAAUCCCCUUUUUUCGUUCAAGGUCAUAAACCAAAACAUUAUCAUUAUUAUUAUUUUUCUUUUUGAAAGUCUUCAAAAUAGGAGGAUUCAUUUCUUUACUAUCACAGUUCCGCCGUUCUCUUCCAUAUCGAAUAAGUCUGUGCCGCCAAACCCGUAAAAACUUCAACCGAAAAACCCUACAUACCUUUUCCGAAAACCCUGCAUUUACAUUAGGGAGAACCGAGUCAAAACCAUCCUAAUUUUCGGAGCUCGUAAAAACGAAAACAUAGGAAUCAUAAAUUUCCAUCACCUUAUUUGGCCUAAUUUCUUUUACCCGAGUCUAAAUGUUUGAUACUUUUGUCAAAACCUUUCCGAUAGUUUGAGCAGUAUUUGCUACAUCAUCGAACUAUGCUUGCAUUAAUACUCUUACUGAUGUUUAGUAAUUAAGGAAUAAAAAACGGAUCGAUUGAAUCGGUUGAAUUGAAAAAUAGUGUUAGCUCAGCUCGUUGAAUUGAAAACUCGGAUUACAUACUAUUUAUUAUUAAAGCUUUGAUAUAUCAUUUGGUAUCCGAGUUUCGAGUUUGAAGUA